CAACAUUCAGAGCGAUUUAUGAUGCUAUGGAUGCCGUGCCUGCAGACCCAGUUAAUAAUAAAGAAAAGUAUUGGCUCAAAAAUAGCAUAAUUAAUUACGUUAUGCUCUUCAUCAAUGGACCUACUAUAGUACCGCUCAAAUCUGAAGAAGAUCUUUUAGAUGAUGUUUAUAGUUUCAUCAAAACCAGUAAACAACUAAGCAAUACUAAUACUGAAAAGUAAGUCAUGUAUAGCAUUGAUACCGUGAGAGAAGAAGCUGUCUUGACUAAUAUGAAUAUUUUGAUUUUAUAAAUAG